AUGGCUCGCACACGCAAUUCGUCCCGUCCGUCCGCAGAAAACGCCUCCGCACCACGCCAGAACCCGUCGCGCACAUCCAAGAGCCGUAUUACACAGCUCACAGAUCUCCCCACGAGCUCCGAACCGUCUUCAGAAGAUAGCGUGACCGAUGCGGAAAGUCCAGAAUACUCUGAGCUGGACGCAGAUGGCAAUGAUUUUGUCUUUGGCGCAGACGAGACUGCCAAAGCCCCUCGCAUCCCCGUCCGAACAAUAAAGCUACUUCCAGCGCAGCGCAGGAGGAGUCGAGCCAAGAAACAGAAAAGAAGCAUAAGAAAAAUAUCCCCGGGGAGUAGGAAAGGUAGCAAAACACCACCCAAACGUAAGCGCAGAGACACCAGCCCAGCGCAUUCCAGCCGCUCGAAGCGGUUCCGACAGUCGCCCAAAGAAGAACGAGAACCCAUCAUAUACUCGGAUAUUAUCCCGGAUUGGAAAGACCCGAGGAUCCCUGUCGAAUGUUGGUUGGACAUCUUCUAUUAUGCAGCUUCCGACGGCACCACAGGCAACAUUGCUACUAAUUGGCUGCUCCAAGUUGUUACCAGCUGCCACUUCUUCGCUGAGCCGGCUCUCGACACGCUCUAUCGCUGCCCGACGAUUCGGCAUGCAGCAAAAGCCAAGAAACUGGCAAGUUUGCUGGAGCAGCCUGUCGCCGAAACGAAAUUCAAUUAUCGAUCUAAAAUCGAAACCUUGCACCUGGACAUACAUGUUGUGCCUGCCUCCAUCAUGUAUCAGCUGAUUCAGCCGCUUCCUCGUCUCCGAGAGCUUAUCAUAUGUACACCAUAUGACCAGCCUCCGUAUAGAGAGCUUGAACGAAGUAUUCGGUGGCAUUAUUCCGCAGAGAUUUUCCAAGCACUCCUGCCGGGAGCAAACAAUGUGCGCGAAGCUACGCUAAAGCCGUACCAUACACAGCUAAAAAGCUGGGAAUGGAGCGGGCGCCUGGUCGGGGGCUAUGUGGAAGGGCUAAAAGACAUUGGCCGCAUACACCAGCUGCCAUCUUUCGCAACUCUUACACGCGUGAGCUUUACAAAUUUUCAGACACCUUCUCUACGCAAGCGGGAGCCGAGAAAUGAUGAUGAGGCGGCACAAUUUCUCAACGAAGACAAUGCCAACAUUGAAGCCAUUGCGGCAUCUCUCACCAAACUGCCAGCGCUAUCGCAUCUUGUAUUUGAGUCGUCGACUGUCAUGAACGAUCACAUGCUUACUCUUCUACCGAGAGGUUUGCUUCAUCUUGAGCUCAUCAAUUGCUGGGAGAUUCGCUCUUUUGAGCUCGCAGCGUUCCUACGGGACAAGGGUGGUGAGAUGCGCAUUCUCAGUCUCCAUCAUAACCAGUCGUUAGACUUGGGCUUCCUCACUGAUCUCGCCGAUACAUGCCCUAAACUGCGCGAGCUAGACAUGAACCUUUCAUACUACAAGAUUCACGAAUCAAGCAAUGACUCAGAUCCUAUGUAUGACCAAGCGUUGUUGCCUGACCAAGUGCCCCGCUGGCCACCUAGCAUCCGCGUCAUCAACCUCGAAUACAUCCGUGACUGGUCUGUCGAGACGGCGGAGAUGUUCCUUCAGACUCUUAUUGACAAUGUACACAACCUGUCGAACCUACGCUACCUCUCUGUUAGGACUAUGCUCGAUAUCCCAUGGCAGUCUCGCGCCACAAUGCGCACUACUUGGCGUGCCAAGAUGGAAAAAGUCUUUUUGCGAAGAUCCCCCGAGCCACCGCAAAACUUCAGAACGCUUCGGCCUAAGACACUGGGGCAAGAUACCAAGACGCCAGCCCAUCAGUCUUCAAAUCAGGGCAGUGUACCGCCUACGUCACCAUCUCGUCGCAGUACAAGAAUUGUUGAACUCGAGAGUGCUACCAGUGAGAAACGCAAGUCGUCACUGCGUGAUCAUGGGCGUUCCAGAAGAGACAAGUCCUACAGGGAUCCGGAUAGCGACGAAGACGAGCUCUCCGACUCGAAAAGCUCUGAGGACAAUGCCAGUAGCGCUGGCAGUGACGCGACCUCAUCGGAUAGGCCCAUGCCAGUACAUGGCUUGUGCAAAACUGUCAACAUAGUAUUUGACAACCAAAAGGUGCGCGAGCUGCAGUAUGGCAUGGAGGACUUCCAGACAGACAGUCAUGGCCCCGACGACGACGAGUGGGAGGGUGACUACGAAUCUGAUGAUCCCGUCCUGCAAUUCUAA